GCCGUCGAAGAUCCGUUGUUGUCAGUGUCUCCGCCACGUCCUCGGGUCUCACCCGAUUCGCUUAGGUACCCACCCGGUUACGUAGGGGCAGUGCCGGAACGAUCCGGCUCCGACGGAAACGACGCCGUAAUCGGCGCCAUGAGCUACUUAACGAACAUACUCUCUUCGAAGGUCUACGAUGUCGCCAUUGAAUCACCUCUUCAGCUCGCUCCUAAGCUCUCUGAGAGGCUUGGUGUUAAGGUUUGGCUCAAAAGGGAGGACUUGCAACCGGUUUUCUCAUUUAAGCUCCGCGGAGCUUAUAAUAUGAUGGCGAAACUUACAAAGGAGCAGUUGGAGAAAGGGGUUAUUUGCUCGUCAGCUGGAAAUCAUGCUCAAGGAACUGCAUUAGCUGCUAAGAAACUGAAUUGCAAAGCUGUGAUCGCAAUGCCUGUUACCACUCCAGAAAUCAAGUGGAAAUCUGUGGAGAGGCUGGGGGCUACGGUUGUCCUCAUUGGGGAUUCAUACGACGAAGCACAAGCAUAUGCUAAGAAACGUGCAAAAGAGGAGGGCCUUACAUUCAUACCUCCCUUUGAUCAUCCUGAUGUUAUAAUGGGCCAGGGAACCGUUGGGAUGGAAAUUGUGCGCCAAAUUCAGGGUCCGCUACAUGCAAUCUUUGUGCCUGUGGGAGGCGGUGGUCUCAUUGCUGGUAUUGCUGCUUAUGUGAAGAGGGUUUCUCCCCAGGUUAAGAUCAUUGGGGUAGAGCCCACUGAUGCAAAUGCAAUGGCUCUAUCACUUCACCAUGGUCAAAGAGUGAUUUUGGACAAGGUUGGAGGAUUUGCAGAUGGUGUAGCUGUUAAAGAGGUCGGUGAAGAAACUUUCCGCUUGUGCAAGGAUUUGGUAGAUGGUGUUGUUCUUGUGAGCCGUGAUUCAAUUUGCGCAUCAAUAAAGGACAUGUUCGAGGAGAAAAGGAGCAUCUUAGAACCAGCUGGUGCCCUUGCCCUUGCUGGAGCCGAGGCAUACUGCAAGUAUUACGGGAUCAAGGGUGAAAAUAUUGUAGCAAUAACCAGUGGAGCAAACAUGAAUUUUGAUAAACUUAGGGUGGUGACUGAGCUCGCUAAUGUUGGUCGCAAACAAGAGGCUGUGCUUGCAACUGUUCUGCCAGAGGAACCUGGCAGUUUCAAACAAUUUUGUCAACUGGUUGGGCAGGUUAAUAUCACGGAGUUCAAAUACAGAUGUAAUUCCGAUAUGAAGGCUGUGGUCCUCUACAGCGUUGGGGUACACACAGUGUCGGAACUAAGAGCGAUGCAGGAGAGGAUGGAAACUUCUCAACUUAAAACCUACAAUCUCACAGAUAGUGACUUGGUGAAAGAUCACUUGCGUUACCUGAUGGGAGGCCGAUCAAAUGUUCAAAACGAGGUUCUCUGUCGAUUUAUCUUCCCAGAAAGACCGGGAGCUUUGAUGAAAUUCUUGGACUCCUUCAGCCCGCGCUGGAAUAUUAGUUUGUUCCACUAUCGCGGGCAGGGUGAAACCGGGGCGAAUGUGUUGGUCGGAAUACAAGUACCGAAAAAUGAGAUGGACGAAUUCCAUGGCCGCGCCAACAGGCUCGGAUAUGAUUACACGGUGGUGAACAAUGAUGAUGAUUUCCAGCUUCUAAUGCAUUGAUGAAUUAAGCAUCAAGCCUGCAUUGUAGUGAACGAGAUUAUCAUAUUUAUCUUCAACAACAUUCCGAUUCUUAGAGGGGUAGUGAGGAACAAACUCAAGUAGUGAAACCAUGUUUCAUCAAACAUAUGCAUCAGUUGAAUAGAGGAACUAGUGUGAUUUCUAUAUACCUAGUGCGGCACUAUAUAUUACUUUCUGUUCUGGUAAUCUAUGAUGUGUGUGUGUGUGUGUGUUGAAUCCUCUAAUGUUGUUGAGAAUUGUCUUACAUAUAUGUAAUGUAAUAUAUAUGCAUAAACUAGAAGGAAGGUUGCUUCUGCUUUAACUUUCAGCAGCAUAAGGAUUAUUAAUAUUGUAGCUGUUGGAAAGUUUCAAGUUGAAUAACACAUUAUUAGAAUAGCACUAUAGAGAAGUAGUAGUGAGCUUUGAGAGUUAAAAUUCUCCUUUAAUAUUAACCUUUUAAAUUUAGAU